AGCCUGGGGCCCGGCCGGCCGGGCGCCGUGCCCAUUUAAGGAGGCGGGCCGUACCACCAGAACUUUCUUGACAGGGGGUGUUCGGGCGAACUCGGACAACUUGAAGUGAGCCCACGGACGCUUUCCUUUCCCUUCUAACGCUGGCCCCAGUGCUGGCGCCGCUCGGGGGCUGCGCGCGGGCGGGCUGUGCGCUUGGGCCCCGGCGGUCCCCCUUCCCCGAAGUCGCCCCGGGGGAGCUCGCUCGCCCCGGACGUGGACGCGACGGGCCCCGGGCCGGUCCAAAGUGUAGUUCGCCUGCAGAGGCCCGGGUGCCCGGAUGUCCAUCAGGAUUAGCGCGAGCCAAUACGGUGGGAGCCCGAGGCUGCGCGGAGGCCGCCGGCUCGGAGCAGGUAGCCCGGUGGCGCGGGGAGUCUCGCUGGGAGCCGUCCCCGCCCGGCCCCGGCCGAUGGUGAGCGCGGCGCGGCUGCAGGGCCGCGGGGCGAGGGCUCUGAUGGACUGAAGACCUGGAGCUGUACGCAGUGAAUUAUGGCAGCCCAGUCAAGCUUGUACAAUGAAGACAGAAACCUGCUUCGAAUUAGAGAGAAGGAAAGACGCAACCAGGAAGCUCACCAAGAGAAAGAGGCGUUUCCUGAAAAGAUCCCCCUGUUUGGAGAGCCCUACAAGACAGAAAAGGGCGACGAGCUAUCCAGUAGGAUACAGAACAUGUUAGGAAACUAUGAAGAAGUGAAGGAGCUCCUUAGUACCAAGUCCCACCCUCAUCGCUUGGAUGCUUCUGAAAACAGAUUGGGAAAGCCGAGGUAUCCUCUCUUUCCUGAGAAGGGGAGCAGCAUUCCAUCCCACUCCUUCCACACUAGUGUCCACCAUCAGCCUGUUAACACUCCUGCCUCUGGACCACUUCCUGUUGGUAACAUUAGUCACAAUCCAAAGAUGGCGCAGCCAAGAAUGGAACCAAUGCCAAGUCUCCAUGUCAAAAGCUAUGGCGCACCAGACAGCCAGCACCUGCCCCAAGAUCGCCUUGGUCAGGAGGCUUACGGCUCUACUCAUCACAAAAAAGGUGACCGCAGAGCUGAUGGAGACCACUGUGCUUCGAUGGCAGACUUGGCUCCAGAGAGGGAGCUUUCUCCCUUAUUCUCCUCUUUGCCUUCUCCAGUACCCCCCUUGUCACCUAUACAUUCCAGCCAGCAAGCUCUUCCCAGGACGCAAGGAAGCACCAAGGUUCACAGCAGUAACAAUAACAAUAAAGGCUACUGCCCGGCCAAAUCUCCCAAGGACCUGGCUGUCAAGGUCCGUGAUAAAGACCCCCCUCCAGACGGUUUAGUGGCAGUUGCCAGCCUUGGGGUAGCCCCUCCCCAGCCACCUUCUCAGACCUUUCCCCCACCCCCGCUCCCCUCGAAAAGCAUUGCAAUGCAGCAGAAGCCCACAGCUUAUGUCCGGCCCAUGGAUGGUCAAGAUCAGGCUCCUAGUGAGUCUCCUGAACUGAAGCCAUUGCCGGAGGACUACCGGCAACAGACCUUUGAAAAAACAGACUUAAAAGUGCCUGCCAAAGCCAAGCUCACCAAGCUGAAAAUGCCUUCUCAGUCAGUUGAGCAGACCUACUCCAAUGAAGCCCAUUGUGUUGAAGAGAUUCUGAAGGAAAUGACCCAUUCAUGGCCGCCUCCUUUGACAGCAAUACAUACGCCCAGUACAGCCGAGCCCUCCAAAUUUCCUUUUCCCACAAAGGAUUCUCAGCACAUUAGUUCUGCAACCCAAAACCAAAAACAAUAUGAUACAUCUUCAAAAACCCACACUAAUUCUCAGCAGGGAACGUCCAUGCUCGAAGAUGACCUUCAGCUCAGCGACAGUGAGGACAGUGACGGCGAACAAACCCCAGAGAAGCCUCCUUCCACCUCUGCACCUCCAAGUGCUCCACAGUCGCUUCCAGCAGCCUCGGCCUCAGCACAUUCCAGUAGUGCGGAGUCAGAGAGCACCAGUGACUCAGACAGCUCCUCGGACUCGGAGAGCGAGAGCAGCUCAAGUGACAGCGAAGAGAACGAGCCCCUAGAAGCUCCGGCUCCUGAGCCCGAGCCUCCUACAACAAACAAAUGGCAGCUGGACAACUGGCUGACCAAGGUCAGCCAGCCCGCGGCGCCCCCAGAGGCCCCGGGGGGCACAGAGCCCCCACCGCGCCACCUCGACGGUAAGGGCCAGGGCGGCGACGGCGGCGGCCCCGCCGGUCGCGAGCACUCGGACUCCAAAGAUCCGCCCCCUAAGAGCUCCAGCAGAGCCCCCCGGGUGCCUUCCGAAGGCCCCCACGCGGGCAAGAGGAGCUCUCAGAAGUCCCCUGCCCACCAGGAGCCCCCGCAGAGGCAAACUGUUGGAACCAAACAACCCAAAAAGGCGGGCAAGGCCUCCGGCCCGGCGGAGCCGCGGGCGGGCCUGCAGGUGGAGAGUGAGCCGGGCGCCCCUCCGCGCGGCCCCGCCGAACAGCCUGCCAAGGACAAGCCCAGGGUGAAGACGAAAGGGCGGCCCCGCGCCGCCGACGCCGGGGAGCCCCCCGAGCCCGCCGAGCCCAGGCCCGCGGCGCCCGCUGCCGGCGAGCGGAGGAAGCACAGGAGCGGCCCCGCGGGCCCUCCGAAGGUGCCGUCGGGCCCCGAGCCCCCGAAGGACCGCGUGGAGGCCAGGAGCCCCGAGCACUUCGCCCUCGUGCCCCUGGCGCAGAGCCAGGGCCCCCCCCGCGGCGGCGGCAGGACUAGUGGCUGUCGCCGCGCCGUGGUGGUCCAGGAGGAGCGCCGGAAGGACAAAGACAAGCUCCCGGUGCCUCUGCGGGACACCAGGCUGCUCUCCCCACUCAGGGACACUCCUGCCCCGCAGAGCCUGGUGGUGAAGAUCACCCUGGAGCUCCUCUCUCGGGUGCCGCCGCCGCCGGGGAAGGGGAGCCGCCCGAAGAAGCCAGAAGACAGACAGGCGCCGCCAGGGAAGAAGCUCGACGCCGAGAGGAGAAGCUCGGACAACUCGGGCAAGCUGGCCAAAAAGAGAAAGGGUGAAGCAGAAAGAGACCAUGAUAGCAAGAAAGUCAGACUGGAGAAAGAAAUCAAAUCACAGUCAUCAUCUUCAUCCUCCCACAAAGAAUCUUCUAAAACAAAAACACCCAGGCCCUCGUCUGAGCCCUCAAAGAAGGAAAUGCUUCCCCCUCAACUUGUGUCGUCCUCGUCCUCGUCCUCCCAGAAACCAGCCAAGCCUGCACAAAAGAGGCCGAGGCGGGAAGCAGAGCCCAGUGGCCAGGACCCUCCCAAAAGUGCCAGCAGUGCCAAGGGCAGCCAUAAAGACUCCUCCGUUCCCAAGCACAGAAAAGUAGAGGGCAAGGGCUCUGAAAGCUCCACAGAACACAAAGGAUCUUCUGGAGAUAUUGCAAAUCCUUUUCCAGUGCCUUCUUUGCCAAAUGGUAACUCUAAACCAGGGAAGCCUCAAAUGAAGUUUGACAAACAACAAGCAGAUUUUUAUAUGAAGGAGGCCAAAAAGUUGAAGAUCAAAGCAGAGACAACGACGGACAAGGUUGGGAAAGCUUUUAAGUAUGCGGAAGCGGCCUUGUCCCUUAUUGAGUGUGGGAUCGCCAUGGAGUCAGAAGGCCCAGCGGCAAAGUCAGCUUACUCGGUGUACUCGGAAACCGUCGACCUCAUUAAUUUCGUACUGUCACUAAAAUCCUUCUCGGAUGUCACAACACCAUUACCAGGGAAAAUAUUUGCUGUUUUAUGCAUGCGUUGCCAGUCCAUUUUGAACAUGGCGAUGUUUCGUUGUAAAAAAGAUACAGCAAUAAAGUAUUCUCGUACUCUUAAUGAACACUUCAAGAUUUCUUCCAAAGUUGCCCAGGCACCUUCUCCAUGCGUUGCAAGAAGCACAGGCACACCAUCCCCUCUCUCUCCAAUGCCUUCUCCUGCCAGCUCCAUAGGAUCCCAGUCAAGCGCCGGCAGUGUGGGGAGCAGCGGGAUGCCUGCCACCAUCAGUACCCCAGUCACCAUCCAAAACAUGACAUCUUCCUAUGUCACCAUUACUUCCCAUAUCCUUACCGCCUUUGAUCUUUGGGAACAGGCUGAGUUCCUGACAAGGAAUAAUAAAGAAUUUUUUGCUCAGCUCAGCACGAGUGAGCGUGCCUUGGCCCUCAACAGCAGCUUGGAGGACCUGGUGCGCUACACAAGACAGGGUUUUCAGCGGCUAAAACAAGUAACCAAAACACCUUAACGGAGGCCCACGUUGACUGGAUGCCUUGGGAACUUUUUUGCACAUUGGAAACCUCAAAAACAGUCCAGUCAUUUGUCUCAUCGGGACACCAAGAGAAGUAUCAUGAGAUGGCCAGGAUAUUUGUCCACUGAACUCUCAAGAACUAUGUGAUCAUUGGUUGGACAAGAUGGUUAUGCAGAAGCAGAAAUGAGCAGGCUGGCCUCAGAGAUGAUCUUGCCUUUCCUAACUAAAGGACGGAAGUGCAAUGUAGCCUAAAUGGGUGUAUGAAUGGUCUAGAAACAUUUCUGUAUUUUUUUAACCAGCAGUAUGCAGGAUGCAAGUUGCAAAUGAAAUGAGGAGAAGCAAUUUCAACUCUGAAAACAAAUUCACAUCAUCUCGUAGCCACACUAGUCCAUUCCCAGAAGGAAAUUUUUUUUAACAAUGAAUUUUGGUGUAGGGUUUUGUGGAUGAUUUUUUUUCUUUUAAGUUUGGGGAAAAUAUUUGUUUAAUAAAUUUAAAGGUUAUCUGUAAAACAUAAGUUGUAAAGGACUCCACUGUACCCCACUUUCUGCCAAUGAACAGUGGCUUUGAUAAUACCAAGUAUUGUCAUAAUUUAUAAAAUUGAAGGCAACCCCCCAUUGCCUGGAGUACGCACGUUCACCCCAGCUCUGAUUUCCCUGUUACUGUGGAAAGUCAGCUCAAGUCAGAGCAGUGGAGAGAGGAGCUCCAGCACACGGGGACGCCAUCUCGAAAUCUCCAUGUACUACGGAGGACGUGGCGCUGCCAUUUCCAACCCUGCAUCAGUGAAAGGCAGUCACCAUUGACUCUAUAUUCGGAAUUUUCUACCUUGGGGAAGAGGGAACCAACAUUUAUACAUGACCAGAUGGCUAAAGUGCUUUUUAAUUUUUGUUUAAGUAGAGCUGGAAUUUGAGGUGCUGAUCUGUGGUCUACAGCUAUGUGGUAACUCAUGUUGUCUAACCAACUCAGAGUUUUGUCAGUGAACAAAGAAAAUGAAAUCUACUUCUUAGAGAGGCUAUAUUUUUCUGCUACAAAUUAUUUUAUAUUUAUAGCAAAAGUAGACUUUCAGAACCCAUGAUUGUCUAGGGGAAAUGGACUCCCUGAGAGGGUGUGGAGAGUAUGGGGGUUAAUUAGACUGAAAAAAAAAAAAAAGUCACCACAUGCCUUCACUCCAGAGUGUUCUCAAUCAGAUUUGAUUAGAUUGAGGAGGAACUGUGGCCUUCCCACAAGCUGUUAUUGCCAUAUUAUGUACAUUAAACCAAGUUCAUUUUGAAUGACCUAAAAUGAAAGAACACAAUCAGAAUUCCCACAAGUCCGUAAGCACAGACUUCCUUUUUCAUUGAAACUUUGAAGGUUAUUAUUGGAAGCAUUAUUUUGAGUGCAGUGUUUUUAAAAGCCAACUCUUUUUAUCCCUUUUAGAAGUAGAAUUUGCACAUGUAUUAAAAUUGAGGAGUGAGUGUUCUCUCUACAACUGGCUUAUUUUUCUCCCUUCACCCCAUCCUGCCCCUCUACAUCUUGUGUCCUAGCGAGCAUGUUUGACAUUUUCGUAUUUAUUUAUUAGUGAAGAAGGGAGUGCCAUCUUUUUGAUAAUGAAGAGGUCAAAAGUCCAUAUGAUGAAUGUAAGAACUUGCCUGGUAAUUGGUGAAUAUAUAAAGGGAUGUGUAGAGGAUGGAAUGGAUGCUCAUAGCCUAAAUUGUUUGUGUGAAGCUGUUCCUUCGCUGUCUUUUCCAGCCUGGUCUUUGAUCAACGCUAGCUGGGGCAGAGGUCUCUUACCUCACGUUUAGGUUAAAGCUAGAGAAUUAGAACAGUAGUAGUUUCUGAGCAUAAGAACUUGAUGUGUGAUCUUGAUGGACUGAUUUCAUUUGAUAUUCUAAAGCAAAGCCAUGGUCCUUUUUAAACUACUCGUUUAAAAAGCAGCCUAUUGUUAAAUGAACAGUAAUUGCCCGGUAGGUUGUGUGCUUGUGGCAUUGUGUUGCCUAUCUCUUAUAUGUGGGAGACAAGACACCAGACAUCAGGAUUAUGUGAUGGUUUAACAUCUCCCCCCACCGCCCCGCCCCUCCUUCCCUUGGCUAUGCCUGCCCUCCCCUGCUCCCCCUCUGUACAAGCCACCUGCCAAUUUGGAGGGAUGUGUUCUUUAGGACAGGUUCUGAUCUGUGCAGAUUGUGCCAGAGUGUGUGUGCACACAUGCAUGCGUGUGUCCUAUCAGCGAGCCGCAGUGCUCCCUUGACUGAAGACAUUUCCAAGUCAGUUUCUCAGCCAAUUUCAAAAGAAGUGAUUGCUUUUUCAGUGGCCUUAUUCUUUGUGUGUGUGUGUUUUCCCGACCUUUAUAUUAAAAAUGUAUUUGUCCCUUGAAAAACUAAUGAAUUUGCAGAGAUCAGUUUGUACUGUUUUGAUCAUGGAAUACUUGUGAUUCUUACUGCAACAUGCAUUGUCGCUAAAAAAGAAUUGCUAGUGGUUGCUUUUUAAAUAGGGUCUGUAAGAGGGAGUGGCUGAUGAAUCCUUACUGUUCAUAAGGUCUUUUUGCUGUUACAGUUGUAUGUAGAAAUCUACAGGAUUUGUAAAGCGCGUGCACUUUUCACUGCAUGCUUAAAUUCCCAGAGGCAAAAUUUGUACUGAGGGAGAUAAUUGAAAGGACUAGAUUAUAAAAUUAAGCCUCUGAAUAUAUGAAGUUCUUAUAACAACAGUACCAGUACACAGUUCACAGACAAAUACAAAAUAUCUUGAGUGAAAAUUGAGUGUAAAAUCUUGCCUUUGGCACUACAGUUUCGUGUGUGCGUGUGUCUGUCUGUCCACUCUUCACUAGGAAAUGGAAGAACACUGUUUUACUUUUAAAAAUGUUGAAUGUUUCGGCCCUUUCUGGAUAUAAUUAAAAUGUGAAUCACUGAACUUGAGAUUUUAGCCAGACUGAGGGCCCUCCUAAACAAUGAAAAACACUUUACUGAAAUUUACCAAAUUCCACUGGGUUAAGAAGUAAAAACGUGGCCGCACGCUCCCCGUGGGGAGAGCAGGAGGGAGCAGCCAGCGUAGUAUGAGGACAAGAGCUACAGCAGGAGAGUGACUCAUCUGAUAUUAUGAUUUAAUCACAAUCGUGAACGGGAAAAGCCCCUGACUUUUUUGAACAAGAGGACCUUUAUCGUAGAGAUCUGUUCUGACCAAAACGUUCAGCUGUUUCCCCUAGACAAAUUGGAUCACACUUAUCUCCGUUGUUCUAUAUCCUUUAAUUCCAGAUCUCAGGAUGUUCAGAAGCUAACAAAUAUUUCUGGCUGAAAACUUGCCUUAAUUGGUCCCUUAAAUAUUAAUGUUAGUAGGAUCAGGAGCUUAACUAUUUUAUUAUGAUUCCUGUUAAAUAAUUUUUAGGAGCAAAAAGAAACCGUUGUGCCCUCCAAAAUGAACAAAACUCUUACCUCUGAUGUAUGAAAGGAGAUGCGUGUAUGUGCAUAUGUACACGCGCUCACACAGAGAAUAAGAGGCUGGUUGAAUUGGAUGUCUUUGUUGUGCCUGUGUUGACCAAACUUAAUUCUGCAUAACGCUCUGGCUUUAAGAGACGUUGUGUGGGUCUUGCACCUUUUGCUCUCCUGCUCCCUGAGGGUUGAGGUGUGUCUGAAGGUAAAUGAAUCAAACGAGGCUUGAUUCCUUACCUUCCACCACAGACUCUACUUUUUUCUUAAGGAUUUAUUUUCCCAGACACUACACAAAAUCUUUCAAAAACUCUGCCACUUUAUCCAUCACACGCUUUACCACUGAUGAACAGUCUUUAAAUCUUGCAAGAAGAUUUGGGCUUAUUUUAGAAACACAGAUGUGGAGAUGUGCUCACUGGGAGGUGAGUUAUGGGCUGUGGCUGUGGAGGGUGUCAGGGUUAUGGCGGUACUUGCUCCUUUUUUCUCUUUCUCUAGCGGGUUCCCUCUUUUGCUUUUCAUCCUAUUUACAAUUUAUGGCUGUAAGGUUUCUCCUGUGCCUUUUUCAUCUGUUGUCAUUUUGUUUGCGGGAGGUGGAGUGAUGAUGUUAGGGAUUUUCCUUCAAACGUUGCAAGUGGUAUUUCCACCAUAUGAACCUCAAAUAUGCAAUCCAGUUGUGUUGGUUUCUCGGUGACUGAGAAUGAAUUGUGACUACUGGCUGCAAUUGUACGUAUGAUGAGUUGACAAGCACCAUCUUCCACCUUUCUUAAGGUGGCUGUAAAUUUCCUGUUGUCCUGGGGGAAGUCACACUAUGUUUCACUGUGUGUCAGAUGUCGGCAGGUACUGUGAUGGGUAGAGAAGUGCCUGUAUUUCUCUACCCAAGAGGACAGGAAGGAAAUAUGACACCUCCCUGCGAGCCUAGAUAUUACUCGAUCAGCCUGGAAGGACAAGGGAAUAAGACCACUGACAGCGAGGCUGGCCAAGCUGCACUGGUCAGACCAGGCAGCGGCUGACCGAAGGAAGAUAAACUUGCUUUGCUUACAAGUAGAUGUUUAAGCGAUGCUUAACAUGGGCAGUAUUAACUUCGCCUUUUGUUCAGGCCAUCAACGUGUAUUGUUAAAAUUACUGCACACCCCCCUCAGAUAGCAAGUAUACACUGUUCAUGGUGUGUGUGUGUGUUUGUGUGUGUGUGUGUUUAUACGCGUGUGUCCCAAAUCUUGUUUUAAUUUUUUCUUUUUCUGAAUGUGAUCGUGUUUUGGAUGAUACCUGAGCAGGGUUGCCUUUUUUUUAUUUAUUACCAUUAUAUAUUAUAUUAUAUUAUAUAUUUUUUGCUUUCUUAUAACUUUAGAAGAAAGUCAAAUCUUGGUAUUAUUAAAAUUGUUUAAAAGAAUAAAUCGUCCAGUUGAUAAAUGAAGAUCACUGGUCUAUCUCUAAAACAAUGAGUUUUCUUUCUUGUGGAAUAACGUGCCAGCUGUCUAGUCCACACGAUGACUUUGUCUGUAGGCUAGGAAAGAAGUGAUGCUCUCGAUGGGAUGAUGAGCAACACAAGUCAGGGGGACUCCAUGGGUUUAUCUACUUCAGCGAUGGAACUGCAACUUGGGGCUUUGUGAAUAAAAUUUAGCUGCCUUGUAUAGUCCUUUGAAAGACAUAUGUGAUCUGUGAGAAUUAUAGUUUGUUUUCUCUUUUUAGAAGAAAAAUUUGCAAAAGAUCUUUCCAAAGAUAAUGUGCCACAGAUCUUUUGUUUGUUCUUCUCUGUAAUGAGGAUUAAUUGCUGUUAAAACACAUGUAAUUGACUUGUUCAUCUUCAAAUUCUUUCCUUUUCACAAGAGGAUUGAGCUGUAAAAAAAAAAAAAAUUAAUAAAAAUGUAGAGAAAUCACUGA